CUGCUUCGUAAGUGAUUUCGCUGAAUAACAUUAUAGCAAUGCAUUUAGGCAACAAACUCGAUUCAUUGUACACAUGAACUUCCUAUACAGUGGCGGUGACUAAUUAAUUUGCACGUAAAAAUGAUUGAAAAUGGAAAUGAGACUUUGUCACGUUUAUAAUAUUAGUUGCUGUGUUCUUCUGAUAUUAUCUUAUAUCGAAGCUAAAUCGGUUUCGCUGAACGACAUCAUCGCGGCCGAAGAGCAAGCCAGCCAGCGUACUACACGCAGAUCAACACGGCUCUACACUUUAGCAGGUACUGCCAUACCAAUUAAAGGAAAGAAAACUUCACCACUGCAAUACCGACAAACUUUUCAAAUAGUAUCGCCUACAAAACCAAAGAAAUUUACAACCAUACAAAAAUUACGACAUAAGCGAAAAAAUUUGAACAAAAAAAGGGAAGCUAAACACAAUGACGGAAUUAUACAGAAAUACAUUCCCCUACUUAAAAAUAUUAAGUUGCUUGUUGAUAACAUUCUCAUUACAGAGUCGAGCGAAACCUACGAACCUAGAGGAAAUAAAUUUAAGGGUAAUCUCUUUACUGCCAACGAGAGAGACGUUGUUUGCACCUGCAAACGAAAAUCCAAUUCAGGGUCCACAUUACAUCCGCAGGAGGAGACAAUCGCUUCUGCCUCGGCUGUUGCCACUGAGAUCCAGGAAACGAUUAUCGCCUCUACCAUUGCUACCACCACGCAGACCUUUACUACUAUCGAUGAUAACGUCCGCCGUAUCGGACGGAAUAAGAACGUACCCGUACUACCUACAGGAAAUUCCACUAGCGUUUGGAGAAACGAUAAUGGAUUCGGUCAGAGAGGCAGCUCCCCAUUUCACGGGAGCUUUGAAGGAUAUAUCACCAGGAAUAACGGAAAUAAUGAACAUGAUACCGGAGAAGAGGCUGGGGCCUAUACAGAAAAUUAUGAAGAAUAUACCGACAGUUAUUCACGAAACGAUGCAGAACGCGAUAGAUCCAGUCAGCGAUUACGAGGACUCGGAAACGAGCCGCGAGAUACAGAACUCGAUAGAGGAACCAUCGAAGAAGAAUUCACGUUACCGAGAAGUGAAACCUUUGAAGACGUUACAAGAAACCUACCUGAACACGAAAGAAAAAUUGAAUACCAAAUUCGAAGAGACGAAACAGAAAGCUCACUAUCUGUACCAGAACUUGAUUCAAGAUUACGAGGAUUUAACUCCCAAGAAAAAGGCACGACAAUACGACACGCCGAAAUUAGUAAAGAAAGCGUCACAGAAAAUAGCGCCAGUGAUAAACGAUUCUCUGACAGAAAUGGCUCACUUACCUCAGAAAAUCAAGAAAUUCGUUCAGCAAAUGAAGCAAUAGCGCCAAGACGCGUUUUACCAAAUUCAACUUAUCCAGUGGGUAAAGUUGUUAUGAUUUUCGAUGGAUACAGUGUUGCAAAAGAUGUCAAUGGUGCUAACAGAUUGACUGAAAAAGCUAUCCAAAUCCAUACUUAGGUGUAUUAAUUAAAAACGAAUUCAUAGGUUAAUAAAAUUUUAUUACUUGUAAAAUAUAAGAAUAAACAAUU